GUGAAUGUUUUUGAAGAGGAUAUUGAAAGAAAGGAAAUUGGGUAGGGUAGUGACGUGGCUAAACUGAAGACAGGAGUUGCAACUUGAAAAGAAACAACAACAUAAUAUUUGAUUUGGUGUUUGGUUUCCAUGCUAUGCCAUGCCAUGAAUGCGAUGAGGGGUGUAAGUGUUGGUGUGUUUCCUUGUAAUGUAAUGAGAGUGAGAAAAUACUGUUCAAGAAUUGAUGAUGAUCAUCAUCAUAGUCAUAGUAAUGGGAGGAUUAGGAAAGGUGGGGUUGUGGUGCGAAACAGCAGCAACAAAGUAGAUGAAACAGAAACAGAUGUAAUUGUGAUUGGGAGUGGUAUUGGUGGACUGAGUUGUGCAGCACUGUUGGCAAGAUAUGAACAAGAUGUUGUCGUUUUCGAAAGCCACGACCAUGCUGGAGGUGCUGCUCAUUCUUUUGAUGUCAAAGGCUAUAAGUUUGAUUCCGGUCCAUCAUUAUUCUCUGGUUUGCAGUCAAGAGGUCCACAGGCUAACCCUCUUGCUCAAGUUCUUGAUGCUUUGGGAGAGUCCGUCCCCUGCGCUACUUAUGAUUCAUGGAUGGUCCAUGUACCUGAAGCUGAUUUCUUGUCACGCAUAGGUCCUACUGAGUUUUUAAAGGACCUUCACAACUAUGCAGGUCCUGAAGCUGUUCAAGAAUGGCAGAAGCUUUUGGAUGCUGUACUUCCCUUGUCUACAGCUGCAAUGGCUCUUCCCCCUCUAUCUGUUAGAGGAGAUUUCGGUGUUCUUUACACCGCUGCUGCUAGAUAUGCCCCUUCUCUUUUCAAUACCUUUUUCCAAAUGGGUCCUCAGGCUGCUCUUCGUUCCACACAACUUCUCUCACCUUUUUCCCAAAUACUUGACUCUUUGCAACUAAAGAAUCCUUUCAUACGCAAUUGGAUUGACUUACUUUCCUUCUUGCUUGCUGGUGUCAAAUCUGAUAGUAUAUUGUCUGCAGAGAUGGUUUACAUGUUUGCAGAAUGGUACAAACCAGGGGGCUGUCUUGAGUACCCCCUUGAUGGAGCUGCAGGUAUUGUUGAUGCUCUUAUACGAGGACUAGAGAAGUUUGGUGGGCGGAUUUCUCUUCAAAGUCACGUGGAAAAGAUUGUUGUUGAAAAUGACAGAGCCAUUGGAGUGAAGCUGAGAAGCGGCCAAUUCAUACGUGCCAAGAAGGCUGUUGUGAGCAAUGCAUCAAUGUGGGAUACUUUAAAAUUGCUCCCUCAAGAAGUUGUUCCAAAGUCUUACUCAAAUAGGAUUAACACGACUAGUCAGUGCGAAUCUUUCAUGCAUCUCCAUUUGGGAUUUGAUGCUGAGGGUAUACGCAGCGAUCUAGGAAUUCAUCAUAUAGUUGUAAAUGAUUGGGAAAGAGGAGUUGAUGCAGAUCAGAAUGUUGUGUUGAUAUCAGUUCCUAGUGUACUUACUCCUAAUCUGGCACCUAUUGGAAAACAUGUGUUACAUGCUUAUCUUCCAGGAACUGAACCAUUUGAGUUGUGGGAAGGACUUGAUCGUAAGAGUGCCGAAUACAGAAAUCUUAAAGCUCAAAGAUCAGAGAUAAUGUGGAGAGCAGUGGAGAGAGCAGUGGGACCAGGAUUCAGCAGGGAGAAAUGUGAAGUGAAGUUAGUUGGAAGUCCACUCACACAUCAAAGGUUUCUUCGGAGGAACAGAGGAACAUAUGGACCAGCUAUACAAGCUGGUACAGAUACCUUUCCUGGACAUUCAACUCCAAUUCCACACCUUUAUUGUUGUGGAGACUCCACUUUUCCUGGCAUUGGCGUCCCUGCAGUUGCUGCCAGUGGUGCAAUUGUAGCUAAUUCACUAGUUUCGGUGUCUCAGCAUUCCCAGCUGCUUGAUGCAAUUGGCAUUUGAAUUCACGCAUGAUGCAAAUCUCACACAUGAAAUAGUACAUAAACUUUGUAAGGAUCAUUCUACAGAUUUUAUCUUGAGCAAGAAUUUGCGGCUUUGCCCAUCUACCAAGUAUUAGAAACUCUUUCAUUUGAUACUUAUAAAUUCAGAAUUUUGUGUCCUAACAUUUGUUUUUGAUGAACUUUUCUAAAACAUCAUAUUUUGUAUAUAUACAUGGUUCUCUUAUUGUCUAA